AUUCUAUGGUCAAGCCAGGUGUUUAGUUUGUUUUGGUUGGGUAGCAGUCUGAUUCUACAUGAAUAAAAAUUACCUCACAUUAAGUUUUGCAAUGCUUUUACUGUAUUUUUUACUUUAGAAUUUUUUAUUUGAUGUAAUCAAUGCAUUUAUUUAAGAUUGGCAUCAUGGUUGUGUUGCUGUCAAAAGUGGAACAAUGGUGUAGAAUUUAAUAGUUUAUAACCCUACUUUCUACCAUUAUCGAAGAUGAAAGUAAUAAGUAUGUAUCUAUGUGUUGAACGCAACGCCAAAUGUUUCUCAAUCCAGGUUUAAAGCAGAGGCUAUUGCCUCUAUGUGCAUUUUUUGGCACAUUCACUACUGUGAUGACAAUUCUCAUCUUCUCAACUGAUUUGAAAGGGAGGAGAUAUGGCAGGAUGCGUUUUAAUCUAACACAUUCAGAUUUAGAGAACGCUAUGCAAGAUAAUCAUCAAUUAAUUGAUCAUAUUAGAGGUAACUACAUGCGAACUCCUACAAAACUAGCUCAUGAGAUUGAUGCUGGAGAAUUCCAUAGUAAACGAAAGAACUAUAACGUGCUUCUUCAAUCGAAAGUAGCAGAAAUCUCAGGGAAGAAGAGUAAUGGUGUUUUUAUCGAGACUGGAGCCUACAGACAUGGAUCGGAAUCUGAAACGGAGUGGCUGGAGUUGGACCGUGGUUGGAGCGGCCUGCUUACCCAGCCCGACCCGAAUGACUACAAAGUCCUGCAACAAAGAUCACGCCAUCGUUCCAGGGCUCACAUCGCCAACGUCUGUCUCAGCCCUACUGCCAAUCCUAAGCAGCUUGAGGCGGCCGGAGUCAGGGGAGUGGCGCUGCGUUGGUUCCGCAGUUUUCUGAGGAACAGGGAACAGCAGGUGAGGGUUGGCGCUGAGGGCUGCCUCAGUAGCCCCCUUCCCGUCACCGUCGGCGUCCUCCAGGGCUCCGUUUCCUCAGCUAUUUUAUUCAUUAUCUUUAUUAAUGAUCUCUUAAAUAUAAAGUUCAAUGGAAUAAUUAAUUCAAGCCUUUGCAGAUGACAUUGCUUUCUUGUACUCCCAUAAAAGCAAAGAAGUUAUAAAAAAUAAUAUAGUAGCUGAUUUGAGUAUCCUGAGAGAAUGGUGCAGUAAAAAUAAAAUGAUAGUUAACGUAUCUAAGACAAAAUACAUAAACUUCGACUAUAGAGCUGUAGACUUUUCCGCCCCAAUCCUAUAUCAUUCUCAAGGGUGUACUCGAGAAGACUGCAGCUGCGAAGAAAUUGAAAGAGUUGACUCUUUUAAAUAUUUAGGACUAACAUUUGAUGAAAAAAUGUCUUGGAAAAAACACAUUCAGAUUUUACAUGGUGACAUUAGAAGAUCAAUAAGGAAAUUCUAUUAUCUCAGAAAUUUAUGUGAUCAAACUCUGAUGAAAUCAUUAUAUUAUGCUUUGAUUCAUUCUCGGCUCCAGUACGGUUUGAUAUGUUGGGGUGGAACAUUCAAAACUUUCAUAAAUAGAUUGCGAAUAUCACAAAAUCAUAUUAUUAGAUUAAUAUUACAUAAAAGAAAAAGAGAAAGCUCUUUCCCCUUAUAUUGCAAUUUGAAAAUCAUGCCUAUUCAAAAUCUUUAUAUUUUUAAGGUUCUAAAAAUGUUUUAUUUAAUAAGUGGAAAUUGUGGAAUUGAAAACCUGUAUUACAAUAUGAGAAGUAAUGAUAGGAUUCUGUACCGUACCCCUAAAGUUAAAAAAUGUAUUUUUAGAAAUUCUUGUUUGUUUAUAGGGCCCUAUUUAUUUAAUAAAUUACCACUUAAUAUUAAAAUAUGUGCUUCUUACACUAAAUAUUGUAAAAAACUCAUACAUUGGCUAUUUGAAUUGAAUGAUACAUCGACCUUGAGAACUGUAUUGAGAUAACUUAUCCGUUUAUAUGCCUAUUCUGUUCUAUUAUCUUAUGUUAUAUAUUACCUACUUUGUUUACUUUGUUGAUACUAACUGAUUAUAAUAUUGCAAAUCCUAAUAAUGAUCAUAUUAUCCAUGGUGUAUUAGACAAGAUGUUUACACGCUGCAGGUAGUACUGACGACUAUUCAAGUUUAUUAUGCUAGACUAGACUCAAACUAUUGUUGUUUUAUAAAUUUAAUAUUAUGUAUUA